AUGGCGAUAGAGGUGGUGGUGGUGGUAGUAGUAGUGGUAAUGUUAGUGGUGUUGAUGAUGAUGGUGGUGGUUUUAGUAGCAAUGUUGGUGGUGGCAGUAACAGGUAGUGGUAGUGGUAAGGUGGUAAUAUUAGUGGUGGCAACUAGUGGUGGUGGUCGCGGCAACGUUGGUGGUGGCAAUGACAAAGAUGGUAUUGGUGGUGUUGAUGGUAGUAGUAAUGUCGGUGGUGAUGGUGGUGGCGAUGACGGAGGUGGUAUUGGUGGUGGUGGCAGUGAUAGUGGCAUUGACGAUAGUGAUGGUGGUGAUGGUGAUAGUGAUAGUGACGUUGGUGGUAGUGGUGGUGGUAGCGGCCAUGGCAACAAAAAAUGUCAUUAUUAA